CCUGGGAGCCCGGGGACAUGGCGCGGCCCGACGACGAGGAGGGGAUAGCGGUAGCGCCCGGGCACGCUCCUGCGAAAGGAUACCUCCCGGUCCCGGGGAGCUCCUCAGCCGGGAAGACGAGCGCGGACUCGCAGAGCGAGCCCAAAGCCGGCUGCCUGGCCCUGAAUGGAGUCCCUCGGGACAGCCCCGCGGCUGCCUCGGGAGCCCUGGGCAGUCCGCAGAUGCAGCUGGCCUCGGAAGAGGAGACCCAGGUUCGGCUGCUGCCCACGGUCCCCGGGGAGGAGACCCCAGGGGCCGAGGGCUCCCCGGUGCCCCGGACGGCGCUCUCCGCGCGGCGCUUUGUGGUGCUUCUGAUCUUCAGCCUGUACUCGCUGGUUAACGCCUUCCAAUGGAUCCAAUACAGCAUCAUCAGCAACGUCUUCGAGGGCUUCUACGGCGUGUCCUCACUGCACAUCGACUGGCUGUCCAUGGUGUACAUGCUGACCUACGUGCCCCUCAUCUUCCCAGCUACCUGGUUGCUGGACACCCGAGGCCUGCGGCUCACCGCCAUGCUGGGCUCCGGCCUCAACUGCCUGGGCGCCUGGAUCAAGUGCGGCAGCGUGCAGCAGCAUCUGUUCUGGGUCACCAUGCUGGGCCAGUCCCUGUGCUCCGUGGCCCAGGUGUUCAUCCUGGGCUUACCCUCCCGCAUCGCCUCAGUGUGGUUUGGGCCCAAAGAGGUGUCCACAGCUUGUGCUACCGCCGUGCUAGGCAAUCAGCUUGGAGCUGCAGUUGGUUUUUUGCUACCACCAGUUUUAGUGCCCAACACACAGAAUGACACAGAUCUUUUGGCUCAUAAUAUCAGUACCAUGUUUUAUGGAACAUCAGCUGUCUCCACAUUUUUAUUUAUUUUAACGGUAAUUGCAUUCAAAGAAAAACCUGACUAUCCACCAAGUCAGGCACAAGCAGCUCUUCAAGACAGCCCCCCCGAAGAGUACUCCUAUAAGAAAUCAAUAAGGAACCUGUUUAAAAACAUUCCGUUUGUCCUUCUAUUGAUCACUUAUGGUAUCAUGACUGGAGCAUUUUAUUCCGUCUCAACAUUAUUAAAUCAAAUGAUACUGACAUAUUAUGAGGGAGAAGAGGUGAAUGCUGGAAGGAUUGGGCUAACACUGGUGGUAGCUGGAAUGGUGGGCUCCAUUCUUUGCGGCUUAUGGCUGGAUUAUACCAAAACAUACAAACAGACUACUCUGAUAGUUUACAUUUUGUCUUUCUUCGGAAUGGUUAUAUUUACUUUCACGCUGGACCUUGGACACAUUAUCAUCGUGUUUGUUACUGGAGGGGUGCUUGGUUUCUUCAUGACCGGUUACCUCCCCUUGGGCUUUGAAUUUGCUGUUGAAAUCACUUACCCUGAAUCUGAAGGCACUUCCUCGGGUCUCCUUAACGCUGCGGCACAGAUAUUUGGAAUUUUGUUCACACUGGCUCAAGGAAAGCUCACAUCAGAAUAUAGCCCUAUGGCAGGAAACAUUUUCCUCUGUGUUUGGAUGUUCGUGGGCAUCAUUUUAACAGCAUUAAUCAAGUCUGAUCUGAGAAGACACAAUAUAAAUACCAGAAUUACAAAUGGCGAUAUUAAAGCUGUGCCAGUUGAUAGUCCCGCAGAUCAAGAAUCAAAAACUGUUAGGAUGUCCAAGCAGUCAGAAUCAGCAAUUUGAGGUGAAAUGAAAAGUUAAUGUCACAUGACAAUUGAGCAGUAAGUCUUGGUUUCUUUAAGUUAUGAGAACUGGACACGUACUAUAUGACACUGAAAUGCAAUCACUGUUUUUGGUUCAUUGUUAAUUUAAGCAGUAUUUUACUUAAAAUACUUUUGUUUACAUCAUUUUAACACUACCAUUUAUCAAGUGUCCCAUUUUUAGUCUUAUAUUGUCAAUCUGAAAGUAAGCUUUUCGACAUUUAUUUUUCAAAAGUCAAUGGUUUUCUUUUUUGUAGAAAACAGAAGCUUAGAUGGCUUUCUAAAAUGAUCAUGUGGAGGUCUAAUCCCUUUAAGUCACCUAAGAGCACAUGCAGUUUAUUUGUAAACACAUCCGAGAGAACCAAGCAUACACACAAUGUAUUCCUAAUUGGCUCCCUUCCCAUCUGUGGGAGCCCCUCAGUGUGACUACAGUGUAGCAACAUGAUGCUUCUAAUCCUCCCAAGGACAGUGUUGGGGUGAGACUUCCACACAGCUGCUAUGAUUUUCCCAUUUGUCUUAUUCUUGUUACAAAGUGCUUUGUAACAGGUAUCGUCAGUGGCCAUGAAAAGCAUUCGGCGUACAGACUGGCUUUGGUCUUACGUUCUAACGAAGCAGAGGAGCCAGACGCAGGCUCAUCGUCUUAAGUUCUCUGCUAUGCCUUUUAUCAUGGCAUAAGCGGUAACACUAUAUUUUUUCACUCCAGUUUGAAAUAGAGAAGUUUUGUACCUAUUGGUUUUUUCAUUUUCUCUUUUUUUCUCCAUUAUAUAACUUUUUAGUUAGAAAAUGUCAUCCUAUGUAUUACUGCCUUUUCCAUGAUUUCUUGUGUCACAUCUUAUACUUCUGCCUUGAAGAUUCCUUCCAGCUCAGUGGAGACCUCUUAAAACGCUGUGUGCUCUCCAGUGUCAUUUUUUAUGACCCUUCUCCUUUGAGAACUAAUGCGCCCAGGUACAUGCCCCCUCGGUUUUGAGGGAGUGGCUUCUUGUCUCCACAAUAGACUGUACAGUCUGUACACCGUAGGGAGCGUCUGCUCUUUCACACGCUCAGGGUAAGCAGAACAGGACCAAAUGUGUUUCCACAGUGCCUACCUCUGCAUUUUGUUUACAGUGAGAAUUUAAAUGUUGUUCGCGUUCCUGUCUAAACUAAUGAGGGAAUAUCAUGUUCAGAGUAAUGACAGUUAAACAGCCAUAAUACUUAUAUUAUGUCCACAUAAACAAAACAAGCCAAUCAGGUAGCCCCAUGAUGAUACCCUUGAGGUGAAUUAGCAGUUCUGAUUGGGCACAGCAAACACUUUGCUUUAUAGUGAACCGGUCCUGUCCUCCGAAACCAACCUGACAGUCCCUUCCGCAGACUCUUCCCCUGGAGGCUGUGUCAUCACAACAGCUUCACUGCGGACUACGGGCUCCAGGUCCCUGUCCUGGAUCUGUUUCUAGCUGUCCCUGUCAAUUUCUGGCCAACAUUUACUUCAUCCAUGGAAUGAAUGUAUUCAAUGUGAUCUCAAAGGUCUUUUAAAAAUUUUAAAAGCCGUUCCUCAUGGGGUAGACCAGAUCACAGCGCCACAGGGGUUCACAUAGAGCUGAGACUUUCCCUGGGCGAUUGGGAUAAACAGCUGUGGUUGUUACUGUAUGGAUAUAGGGAGUUUAAAAUCUGAACCUGCUUUUAGCCUUUUUAUUCAGUUGGUGAUAGCUCAGGCAGAAUAUGGGGACUCAUUACCUUCCUUAGCUAUUAACAGCACAGGUUUUAUGGCCAAAAAUAUACUUUAAGGUCCCUCUUAUAAAUGAUUGUUUUUAUUUUUAAACUGUCAGUGUUGUUUAAAAUAAUCAUGUACUUGUUGAGUUCCUGGGGUUUUGAACAAAUUACAGAUAAAAAUUGGAAUACUUUGUUUUGAAAAGCAUAUACAUAUAUGUCAUGUGUAUUUUUUCUUGUUGAUUCAUAAAAGAAUAAAAUAUGAUAAGGUAAAAUGAAUUGAUCAUUUUUCUGUGUUCUCAGUUAAAGUUGUCUGUAAUACGUCAAACAAGAAUGUCAUAUAAUUCUGUGUCAUAUCUUUGGGAAAUAGAGUUUGGUAACCAACACUUGUGCAAAUUUAAUCAAAUGAUUUCAGAAAGAAACCGGAUGCUUUCAAUAUCUUGCCUUGACAAAUGUUGCAAAUACAGCUUUUGCUUUUUGUGAAUGUGGGGAAAUGUCUUUGAAACUCUGUUUAUGUGUAAAUGCAGAGUA